AAAAUCUUUAGUAGAAGAAGAAAAACGACGCGGUCGAAGAGGAAGAAGAGCUGGUAGAAGGAGUAGAAGAAGACCGCUGUUAAAUCGUGUUAGAGACGUUCUUAAGGCGAUUAAAAAACAAGAUAGAAUCACAAUGCUGCCCUUGUCUCUGCUGAAGACUGCCCAGAACCAUCCAAUGCUGGUGGAGCUGAAAAACGGAGAGACCUACAAUGGUCAUCUGGUCAGCUGUGACAACUGGAUGAACAUUAACCUGAGAGAAGUCAUCUGCACCUCAAGGGAUGGAGAUAAGUUCUGGAGGAUGCCUGAGUGCUACAUUAGAGGAAGCACCAUCAAGUAUCUUCGAAUCCCAGACGAGAUCAUCGACAUGGUGAAGGAGGAGGUGGUGUCAAAGGGCCGUGGACGAGGAGGUGCCCAGCAGAACAAACAGCAGGGUAAAGGAAGAGGAGGAGCUGGCCGAGGUCUGUUUGGUGGUCGUGGCAGAGGGAUGACUGGUCCUGGGCGGGGUCAGCAGCAGCAGCAGCAGCAGCAGCAGCAGGAUAAGAAACCGGGCAAGCCGCAGGGAAUGAAGAACCAGCACUGACAGACUACAUCUUUCAGAACAUGAAGAUAAAAUGAGCUCUCUGGUGUUUGCUCCAGCUUUGAUAAUUGUCAAGACUGACCACAGCAGAAAUCAAACUGGGAGGGAUAAAUAGAAGCUGUGCUCUGGCAGUUUUGUUUGUUUGUUUUUGAGCACACCUGUAAGUACAUCAUUUUUUAUUAUCACCAUAUAGUCAGAGCUGACAGACUCCUUUAGUAACAAUUUGUAUUUGUGAUUUUCUAUCAUUGUAAAGUAAGUCAAAUAGUUACUGGAGACCCUACUGGAUUUAUGUUUUUCUUUUCUGUUUUUGGAACCUUUUGUGGUGAAGUAACACCCAGCCCCAACUUCUGUUGCAUGAGUAUUAUUUUUUAACUUGCUCUUAAUUUUGUGUUGUUUGUGACAUCCUGUGAUUAGCAGCCUUUCUGUUUGAUGUGAGGUCUGUUCACAGCUGUGGAGCCGGUAGACUGGUACUCAGGGUAUGAGGAUACAGUCCCUUUAAAAUGAAAGCUUUUUCUUUUAGGAUUUGUAUGAUGACAUACUAUGAUCAUUUAGAGUUUCAUGGGGGGAAAAGAAGAUUCUCAUGUUCUUAAUGUACAAGUCCAACAUCUGUCAUGUUUGGAGGGUUUUGUAACAGAAGACAGUGUUGUAAUUUAUUUACAAGACCACAUCAGAAUAAAACAACUUUUGUUAAA